AACCCCACCCCAGCAUCUCUGGGACCAACCCUGCCCUAUUCCCCAUCCCUCUCCCAGUUACCUCCUGUCCCUUCAUUUUCCAGCAGGAUCUUCUCCAAGCUUCCUAAACCAACACACAUCCUUGGCUGCUGACUUUCUAGAGUUCCAGCCACCUCCUCCAACCCCUCCCAGCUCCUCUGGAUCUCCUGGGACAUUCCUGCCCCCUCCAUGGAGCACAUCCCAAGCCUGGCAGCUCCUCAGCUUCAGAGGGAUCCCUGGAGCUCAGUCCUUGGAGGAGAGGAAGGGUGUCCCUGAGGAUGAUGAAGUCCAUGAGGCAGACCCUGCAGGAGCAGGGCUUGCUGGAGGAGUUCCUGCUCAACCACCCCUACAACCCAGCCUCCAAGUACUACCGGACCGGCACCACCGAGCCCAUGCAGAACUACAUGGACAACGAGUACUUCGGCACCAUUUUCAUCGGCACGCCGCCCCAGCGCUUCACCGUUAUCUUCGACACCGGCUCCUCCAACCUCUGGGUGCCCUCUGUCUACUGCAGGAGCCCUGCCUGCUUGAACCACGACCGCUUCAACCCAGCCCUGUCCUCCACCUUCAUGGCCACCAACGACACCUUGGAGAUCACCUAUGGCACUGGCAGCAUGACGGGCAUCCUGGGCUACGACACCACCAUCAUCUCCACCAUCCGAAUCCGGAACCAGAUCUUUGGGCUGGCUGAAACAGAGCCUGGGGACACGUUCUUCUACACUCCCUUCGACAGCAUCCUGGGCUUGGCUUACCCAAGUAUCUCCUCCUCUGGAGCCACCCCAGUCUUUGACAACAUGAUGAGACAGCACCUGGUGGACAAGAACCUCUUCUCUGUCUACCUGAGCAGGCAUGCCAUGGGUGGCAGCUUCAUCCUCUUCGGUGGCAUCGACACCGCCUACACCACCAACGGCAUCACCUGGAUCAACCUCUCUGCUGAAACCUACUGGCAGAUCUCCAUGGACAAUGUCACCAUUAAUGGGACCUCAGUUGCCUGUCGCAAUGGCUGCCAGGCCAUCAUCGACACGGGCACCUCGCUCCUCGUCAUCCCCUCCCCUGCCCUCCGCAGUAUCCAGAAGGCCGUGGGGGCCACCCGCAGUGGCAGUGUCAGCUGCAUGAAUAUCAGCAAGAUGCCCGACCUCGUCUUCAACAUCAACGGCACCUCCUUCCACAUCCCCCCCCCAGGCCUAUGUGACAGUGAGAGCCGGGGGCUGCAGCCUGGCUUUGGAUGGCAUGGAUCCCCCCACGGAAUCCGGGACCCUCUGGAUCCUGGGGGAUGUUUUCAUCCGGGAGUUCUACACCAUCUUUGACAGGGGAAACAACAGGGUGGGGCUGUCCCGCCUGUCCUGAGGGCUGUCCCCCUCCUGGGGACAGACACAGCCAGUGCUCCUCACUGCCCUGAUGUCCCCUGACCUGCUGGGGGACACCCCCCAGCCCCUCCUCCC